CGACGCCGACACGCUAUUGGUCGCAUUCCUGAUCGCGUGACGAACACGGAAGUGAGGCGUCUCUGUGAUGUGAUCAAAAUGAUCGGAGAUCUGUUGAUUUUCGGGACCUUACUGGUGAAUGCAGGGGCGGUGCUGAACUUCAAGCUCAAAAGGAAGGAGUCUCAGGGGUUCGGAGAUGAGUCCGGAGCGCCGACAGCAGGGGACAACGUCAGAGAGUUCCUGCUCAGCCUGCGGUACUUCCGGGUCUUCAUCGCGCUGUGGAACGUGUUCAUGAUGUUCUGCAUGGUCGUAUUGUUUGGGUCUUGAUCAACAUUUGAGGCGACUGGACUUCCAUCAGGAUGCUGACUCCAGAUGGAUUCUAUAACCGUCUCCUGAAUCUGGGUUUUCUGUUCUUUUGGCCCGUUUAACUGUAAUUAAGAUGCAUUUUCUUUACAACCCAACAUCGUGUAUCUGCUUCUGGCUGUACAGGAAUAUAUUCAAGGUAUUUAUUUUGUCCAACAGAAGUUGUUACAUGUGUACCUUUUGAUGGAGCUGUAACUGGGUCAGCACCCUUUGCUGGAGAUGUAUUGUUCUGUGCUUCUUUAGAGAACAUCAACUUCUUUCUCCAGCCUGCCAGCUGGCUUUUAAAAUAAACUGCAGGGUUGAGAAGGAUGCGUGACCUUCACCGGGGGAAACCAGUCUUCAUGUAACGUACCCGUGUGUCAGCGUUGAGGGUCCCGCACCACAGUACGCAGAUCAAUCAAAGCUGGUGGAGAAUCUUGUGACUUACCAUGGUCAUCCCUUUUUCUGUUCUCCUUAAUUACAUCUUCUUUGUAUAAAUAUCUACAGUCUCACCAGCUCUCGUGGAGUAGGUCGAGACAGAAUAUUUUAAUGCAGAUACAAAAUAAGAAAAGAAGCCAUUUCCUUUAUUCUGAGGUAUAAGUAUAUGGGUCUGUAUUCUUAACUAUACAAAUACAGUUUUUUAAAAUUCAAUUCAGUUUAUUUGUAUAGCCCAAUUUCACAAAUUACAAAUUUGUCUCGGAGUGCUUUACAAUCUGUACACAUAGACAUCCCUGCCCCAAAACCUCACAUCGGACCAGGAAAAACUCCCAAAUAACCCUUCAGGGGGAAAAAAGGGAAGAAACCUGCAGGAGAGAACAGAGGAGGAUCCCUCUCCAGGAUGGACAGAACAACAGAUGUCAUGUGACCAGAAGGAAUCAUUAGAGUUUAAAUACAUUCAAUGAAUAUGACAGUGUAUGAAUAGUUGGUAGUUGGCAUAUUCCACGAUCCAAUGUCUGUUCAUUUACUUGUAUGGUUGUCUAUUGUCCCAAGGGAUGGAUGAUGUAAUUCUGACCACAUUAAAUACAGUUUAUUGUUAAUGGCA